CAGAAAGGCCAAAGAAGCUUCUUUUCUGCAUCAACAAAACUAGACCAGCAGAGCUAAGCCAGAGUGUUUAUCCCACAACCUCUCUCUCUUACUCUCUUUCUCUCUGCCUCUCUCUUUCUCUACCCUCUGUUCAAACUAGUUGUAUCAAACAAGCUAUCUCCUUCUUCUUCUUCUUCUUAUUCAUACACUUCUUGAGGCUUGUCUAUUUGAGUUUCUUGCAUUGUGUAACUUUCAUGUCUAUACCACUGGAACAUGAUUACAUAGGCUUAACAGAGACUUCUUCAAUGGAAAGAAGCUCUGAAAAGCUUUCAUCUUCUAGUUCCUCUACUCUCUCCACUGAGGAUGUGAAGAGUUCUGCUCUCAACCUCAAGGAAACUGAGCUCAGACUUGGCUUACCUGGGUCUGAGUCUCCAGAGAGAAAAGUCUCUCUUUUUGGCAAGGACUUAGAGGAUAAGCAUAAUGGGUAUCCUUUAAGCCCUCUCAAGAACCUUGUGUCUGGAGCUAAAAGGGGUUUCUCGGAUGCCAUUGAUGGGUCUUCUGGGAAGUGGGCUUUCUCUAUGAGUAAUGGAUCUGAAGUUGAUUUAGUUAAAGGUGCUGUCUUGUUCUCUCCUAGAGGUGGAAAUGGUAGUGGGAAAGCUCUGGGUGUUUUGGAAGGUAAAAGCAAUACCCAACAGUCUUCUGUGUCUGCAACACCAACUUUGAAAGAGGCUGGUUGUGUUCCUCAAUCUGCAAAGCCAGUUCAGGACAAGAAGCCUCAGGUUCCUGCUGCAAAUGAACAGAGCAGUGCUCCUGCUGCAAAAACACAGGUGGUAGGAUGGCCACCAAUUCGAUCAUUCCGAAAGAACACCAUGGCUUCCAAUCUUGUGAAAAAUAGUGAUGAUGCAGAUGGGAAGACUGGAUUUGGAUGUCUCUAUAUAAAAGUUAGCAUGGAUGGUGCUCCAUAUUUAAGGAAAAUUGAUCUCCAAACCUACAACAACUAUGCGGAACUCUCAGCAGCUCUUGAGAAGAUGUUCAGUUGCUUCACCAUUGGGCAGUGCAGCUCUCAUGGGCUUCGAGGGCAAGAUGGCCUGAAUGAGAGCCGUCUUAAAGAUCUUCUCAAUGGUUCUGAAUAUGUGUUGACAUAUGAAGACAAAGAUGGGGAUUGGAUGCUUGUUGGUGAUGUCCCUUGGGAAAUGUUCACCAACUCCUGUAGGAGGCUAAGGAUCAUGAAGGGCUCAGAGGCAAUUGGGCUAGCUCCAAGGGCCAUGGAGAAGUGUAAGAACCGUAACUAAAGUGGAAGUAUCAACAAAGACCACAGGGAGGUGUUUACUGGGUAUCAAAAGAUUUGAAAGAAUUUGAAGUUUGGUAUUUGAUUUUAGAAACCUAUAUGUGUUUUUGAUAUGUAUUAGCUUUUGUGUAGUUAAGAGACUGGAAAAUUUUCAUGUAAGGUAGAAGAUUUUAACUGGAGACAUGGAUUAUUAUAUAAUUUCUUUUGUUUUUCUAUAUGUAUCUCUGAACUCAAAAGUGAUGUGUAAAUGGAUUGCUUGAUGUUUGUAA